AUGAGAAGCACUUUGACAAAGAAAGUGGAAAGUAAAGACUCGGCAAGUCACAUCCAGAAAUUAAUUUCCUUGGUAAAGGAAUGGGAUGCGGUGAACUGCAAGAGAGGCUUUGAUGUAAAACUCAACCUGUAUUCCUUCACAGAAACAAAGGAUGGCAAACAAACUGAUAUCAUUCUGGCAGACCACAGAAAUGUAGGAUUGAUUCUCAAAGUUGAACAUCCUCCAGUUUUAGACAAUGAUGGCUUUUGCAUAAGCAAUGAAGAGACUGUUGUUUGUUUACAGAACUCUGGGAUGGCAGCCAGCUGGACACUAGAAAAGCUCAGGCACUAUCGAAAGAUAUUCUAUGCCAGGAAGUGCCACUUUUUCCUGACCAAUGUAAGGCUGAAGGAUCCCAAAGAAAUCACAGCCAAAGCUGGGACCCUCAUGAACAGGCUUUGUUUUACCCUGCCCUUCAUGUGGAAGUACAGCCACUGCCUUGACUUACUGAUCCAGAGAGGGUUUGCCAGACUGGUCUCAUAUUUUGCCUUGCAAAUACAAGGCAUCCUCCAGCUCCCUCGGGACAUUGUGACCAUCACCUAG